GAAGGCACUGGCAGAGUCAAAUUCUUGCCUUAUAUGGCAAAAGGGAUCCGGAUGCAGCCCUUUUACUUUCCCUUUAUCUGACGGGGACUCCAACCUUGGCCAUCGGUGAUUUCCUUGACUCCUUCCUUCCUUCCCUCUUCUACACUUCACUUGUGCUGCUAUAGAAAAAUUCGCUUCCAAAGGAAUUUUGAACCCCGCGAGUGCUCUCUCCGCCUGUGACAUUCACGCUAGUCCAUCGAAAUCGAAGGGAGAAUCUGCUGGUCGGAUACCCUUUACCUUGUUUCUCAAGUCCGUUCACCCCUGUACAUAUCUCAUUAAAAAAACUAGCUUGAACCAUCAGCGAUGUUCAAUCUGUCACUAUUGCGCUUGUUGGCUACGUUCCUCCUGUUGCUACUGUCCCUUCUUGCAGUCACCGCUGCUCCAUUGACGGGCAGGACAGAUAUUAAUCCGAGAAGAUUCGGAAAAAUAAUGAUCAGAUACACCAAUUGCGAGAGCGCUAGGAUCUACGUUGGGAAUCUCAACAGCUUCUUACCGGUACUUCAAGAUGGACGAGGAGCAACAGGAGCAGGAGGAAACACCAACUCGGAGAUAUUCAUAGGCCAUCAUCUCCUUGAUGUUCAAUGUCAGGUGAAGCCCAUUGCAGUUGUUGACUUUGAAACUGUCAAGAGAAAUCGUGUGUACAUGGACUUGAAGACGGUACAUGGUUCAUCAAAGUGGGACUAUAUAGCUAAGGCAAUGGGAUAUUUACAACAGAAGGAGGGGCUAAGAUUCACAUUCGAGAAUGGGGGCGAAGAGAUGUGGAAUGGAUUGUUGGAAAAGUGUGGUGGAAAGCAGGAGCCAAAGACAUCGGAGGUGCACAGUUCCACUGCUGGCAGUGGAUAUGAUAAUCCUGUAUCGCCAAAGAAGUUGCCUACUCUCAGCAAUAUUUUGAUCGGAGGGGAAGCAGGGAACGUUACGAACGCAGUAUAG